AUGUCAACUCUUUAUCUAACAGGUUCCUAGGCCACUUAUGAAUCUUUUGAUGUUAAUGUUGCUAAUAAAUUAAAGGAUAUUUGUAAGGAUAUGGAAGCAUUAAUAAUCAAAACCAAUUAAAAAUUUUCAAGACUUUUAUAAAGUUAAUAAAAUAGCUUUUAUAAGUCUUUUCAAUUAGUUAUUGAAUAAAUCUCUUCAGAUUUUAAGAAUUUACAAUAAAAAUUUGAUGAAUACGUGACGUAUUAUGAAGAUGAAACAUAAGUAAAAGAAUUAAGAAAAUAGACUAGGUAGCAAAAACAUAAAAUAAAUUGAUUUUUUUUAGAGAUGAGUGUUAAGUUUUAAAUAAAUUAUGCAUUGAUUUGAAACAUCAAAAUCAAGAAUUAUAAUAAAAAGUCAAAGAACUUGAAUAAGUAUUAUCAUUUAUUUAAUAUUAAAAUAGGAAAUCAAUAAUCAUAAAUUUAUACUAAUUAAAUAAAUUGAUAAAAACUCAAAAUUAAAUGAGGAAGCAGAAAUUAUGAAAUAAAAAAUACAAUUAUCUUAAAACAUUUAAUUAAUGAGUAGAUAUAAUGAUUAAAAUAUAACAAAUGAAAAGAAACUUAAAGUUCCUCAUCUAAAAUUAAAUAAUCGAUUCCCUACAGAUCUUACUGAUUUUGAACAUUAAAGUAUUAGUACAUUUAGCAAUAAAAAUUAAAUAAUAAACCUUUAGAAGGAAAUAAAAUCAAAAAAAAAUCUAUCAUUAAUUAAUAAAACUAGUGAAGAGUUGACUAAUACUAACUCUAGUAAAUAAAAAAUAUAUUAGAUUGGUAUAUAAAAUUAUGAUAUUAAUUUAGAUCAAUUUUUUGAGAAAUCAUUUAAUUCAAGAACAAAAUCAUAAUAACAUACUUUAAAAAAGUUAGAACAGUCUGAAAUUACUUAAAAGAUGCAAGAAAGAAGCUCUUCAAAUUUAAGAUCUAACAAAAGUAAUACUUAAUAUUAAAAAAAAAUUCCAUUAAUAUCCAGUUGA